UUUGUGAGAAAAGGAAUGGUUUUGUCAACCGAUUGACAUUGACAACCAGUUAUUGUCAGUUUCACUUGUCACUUUCACUAAUUUAAAUAUGGCGGAAUAACAACAACAAAAACACGAGGAACUGUGAUAUUAUUGAAAUUCAAAAGUUUAUAAUUUGUAAAAAAAAUAAUUGUCGUAUUUUGAUAAAAGUUUUAACGGACAUUUAUAAUAUUGUGGUGUUUCGGGUGCUGUGAAAAACGUACUUAACAAGUUUUUGCAUUUUAUAUAGAACUGUUAGUCUAAAACACACUGUAACAUCAUUUAAUACGGGUCGUGGAGGGUGCGCUGCGGGUGAGGAGGGCUGCGUCACGUGCUAGGUCCGCACUCCGCAGCCCCACGCAUGCGAGACCGCGGGGCGCCCGUGGCGCAGGCGCGUUCCCCGUGUUCGCCCCCUGCCCGCCAGUCAGCCGCCGGCCGCCGAGCGCCUUGCCUGCUCUUACUGCGCUGAUCCGCGUGACGCGAGUGAUCUCCAAGUGAUGUCGACUUGUGACUAGUGCCAUGAUCAUGUUUCGCUGUGCCCUGGUCGCGGCACUCAUCGCCGUCGCCGCCGCAGCCUGGCAAGAGAACGUCAGGCCGAAAGUCUUCGCACAAUUAGGAGUUGACGACACGCACAAGUUCUUAGGAAACGAAACCCACACAGACUUCUUCAGAUUAUUGCUAAGAGAUGGAAAUUACUUACUCGUAGGCGGCAGGAACGUGGUGUACAACCUAAGUCUCACGGACCUGACGGAGCAGCGGAGGCUGAUCUGGUACUCACCCGAGAAUGACGUCAAGAUGUGCGUCGUUAAAGGAAAAGAUGAGGAGAGCUGUCAGAACUACAUUCGCGUCCUGGUCUCGCUGGGCCCAGGACGGCUAUUGGUAUGCGGUACGAAUAGCUUCAAGCCUUUCUGCAGAGAGUACGGAGUCCAGCGAGACUCGUACCACAUGGAGAGGGAGAAGUCUGGACAGGCAGUCUGCCCUUAUGACCCUGAACAUAAUUCUACUGCUGUUUAUGCUGAUGGCGAAUUAUAUUCGGGGACAGUUGCGGAUUUCAGUGGAAUAGAACCAAUAAUAUACCGAGAACCGUUGCAGACCGAACCCUACGACUCGAUGACAUUGAACGCUCCGGAUUUCGUGAAUUCACUGGUGCACGGAAAUUUCGUUUAUUUCUUCUUCAGAGAAACAGCAGUGGAAUACAUUAACUGCGGCAAGUCCGUCUUUUCUAGAGUUGCUAGAGUCUGUCGUGAUGAUCGAGGAGGUCCGCAUAGGUUCAAGCAGCGCUGGACGUCGUUCCUGAAAUCAAGACUGAACUGUUCAGUCGCCGGAGACUUCCCAUUUUACUUUAACGAGAUUCAAUCGACGACCGAACUAAUUGAGGGCGUUUACGGAGGCUUAAACGCUCAACUAAUCUACGGUACAUUCACGACUCCGCCUAACAGUAUAUCCGGGAGUGCGGUCUGUGCGUUCAGCAUGCAGGACAUAGCCGACACGUUCGAAGGAACUUUCAAGGAACAAAGCGCUUUUAAUUCAAAUUGGCUGCCUGUCAACAAUGCUAAAGUACCUGAACCACGCCCGGGAACCUGUCAUAACGACUCGAGACAACUGCCGGAUAAAACAUUGAAUUUCAUAAAAACCCACGCGUUAAUGGACGAGUCUGUGCCCGCGUUCUUUGGAGAACCUAUCGUUAUUAGGACUAGCUUUCACUACAGAUUUACGCAAAUCGCAGUAGAUCCACAAGUGAAGACUCCGGGCGGGAAAGCGUAUGACGUACUGUUUAUUGGCACAGACAAUGGUAAAAUAAUAAAAGCGGUCAACGCGAUUUCGUAUGAUUCAAACAAACGCGCCGUGCCGAUCGUCAUUGAGGAGCUACAAGCAUUCGCCGCUGGCUCGCCUGUGCGCGCGCUGCGGGUCGCCCGCGCCGGCCGGGACGCCGCCAGACUCAUUGCCGUCUCCGAUAGAGAAGUACUCAGCUUGAGGCUCCAUAGGUGCUCCAGUGAUAAGAUCAGCUCGUGCUCCGAAUGUGUUGCUCUACAAGAUCCGUACUGUGCGUGGGACAAACAAGCCGGACGGUGUCGAGCGUACUCGCACGGCGUCAGUCGCUGGCUGGACGAAAACUCCUUCUACCAGAGUGUCAGCACGGGAAGCCAUACUGCCUGCCCUCACAGUAAAGACGCAGGUGCAGUGGGUGGUUUAAGUUCGGGUCUUUACGAUGACGCAAGAGGAGAAAAUAAAGGCGAGGUUAUCAAUAUUGUCCAAGAUAAGGAUGGGAAGGGAAAUAGCAACAACAAUGAAGGACCUGAAGUCCUGGCCGCUGAUCCACCACCAGCAGCAUACUCCGUUGAAACACUUGCAUUAGCUGUAGCCGCCGGCGCUCUGGCAGCCCUGGGCGCAGGAUUCGCGGCCGGAUACAUUUGCGGAAGAAGAUGCAAGAAGGACGAAGACGACAACAUGCCCUAUCCCGAUACUGAAUACGAAUAUUUCGAACAGCGACAGAACAUCAAUAGCAGAAUCCAAGCCGAACCGAAGCUGCUGCAGCAGGUCGAGGAGGUGACGUACGCCGAGCCCGUGCUGGCGCCGCAGCCGAAGCCGGCGUCCCCCCGCGCUACCUUGCGGAAGCAUCCUCCCUACCACCCUCACCACGAGACGCUGUUCCAGUUCCAGCCGGACGCGUACCGCCGCGACAACUUCGGCACCCUCCGCUCUCACCAGGUCAAUUUAACACAGGAAUAUUCGGACCACAGGGCGAUGGGUACCGGCGCGGCAACGACAACGGCUUCUCGACGACGCGUUCCGUGAAGAAAGUGUAUCUCUGAGAAACAAGCGGGGCGGACUCGCGCGACCAGAUUCACCAUCACAAACAUAAUACGCAUCACCACCAUACGUUGGUGUCUCAGCGUAGCAGCGGUUCGGGGUCUGGCACGGUUAGCGCCGGUUCGUCGUCGUCCCCCUCGCCGCCCUCGUCGUCGCCGUCGCCGUCGGGCGAGCGUCCCCCCACGCCGCCGCCCCCCGCCCCGCAGCCCUGCGCCUACAUCUACCGCAACUAGUGUGCCGCCCCGCACCGUCCGCCCCUAAACUCGACGAAACACUGUCAGUUUCUACAUACAACCAAUCCUUUACUAACUUAGUGGUCCCUCGAUAAUAUCAAAGUCUCAAAAAAUUUAAAUUAAAUCUAUGCUUUGCUUCAGUCUAUUGAUCAAAACGCAUUAUACUGUGUAGGCUACAUUUAAAUAUCGGUGAGUCACUUAAGUGUGAAACACCGACUGACACGUACACGUAGUCUUUGUUGAGCGACCGUUAUUUCGGUUACAACACAACAAGCGUGGUGUCAGUUCAUUUUUCUUCGCCACUGUUACUGGACAUUCAAAUUUGAAAUACGAAUAUUGAUUCUAAGAUAAAAGCCGCCCACUCUAAACGUUGUACGUCUAAUCAAUCGACUGAAGCAUAAGAGUAAGACCGAAUGUCUUAUGUGAUGUAACCCUACGUAAGCCCCACUUACAGAGUGUGUUAUAACUAGCAUGGCCUCUGUUGGUUGCAGAGAAUAAAUACGCAUAUUAUUAUAUUAAAGGUUGUAUUUAGAAACAGGCCAUUAGCGUUAAAUGAAACGCGACAACCGAUCGUGACAUUCCGGUGUUGAACUAUUUAUUGAGUGAUCGGUUUUGUAACAAAUGUGACUCGAACUGUGAGAAACGAUUUUUAGUGAUUUAUCGAUUUGCAUUUUGUAUUAUAAUGCUUUAUUGAAUAAUUACUGAUGAUACAAAUUACGUGCAUCAUAAGAAUUCACGUGAUCAUUCGUCAAGAAUUCAAUUGACACGUGACAUUCCAAAAUCGACUUUCUACAAUAUUGAUUCGAUUGUAUUAUAAAUUGAUUGUAUUAUGAGAACUCGAUUGCUCGAGUAAUCUGACAACCGUGCUGUACUCUAUAUUAGUAUAACUUGAAUAAAAUUGUGGAUACAAUAACGUACAAGAAUGUUUGUUGCCUAAAUGUAUUUUUAAUUUGUGUGUGUUUUCCAUUGAUUGUAAUGGUCGAACCUUGAACUGUAUAACGAGAUAAAAUUAAGACAUUGAUAUCGUACAUUUCAGUGUGAAGUGAUGUCAUUCUUCCCAAAAAUAUACGGGGAUUACAGACGAUCUGAACCAUGUCUCUCCACGGAUGACUCAUUUUUUUUUUAAACGGAACUAUUCUCGUUUGAUGUAAGAAUUAAUAACGUAACAAAUUGUAGAUUGUUUAGAGAUAUAUAAUAUAGUUUACAUAUAAUAUAGACGAAAAUAUAAGGUUUUGUUGAUAAAAUGUUGAUGAAUAGUUAAUAUAAAAAGUGAAUGUAAUUGCAAGUUUUUAUAGUCAGUAAUUCAUUGUUGCGAACAAAAAAUAUACAUACGUAUAAACGUCUAACAUGUAAAAAAUGCAAUUAAUACACAGAAUGCUUUUUACAUACAAAUAUUUGUAGGAUAAAGUCAUUAAAUAUAGGGAAUUACCUUUAUUCUAAAAUUAGGCAUAGUAUUAUAAACUCGACAACACGCUAACAUCACGACUUCGUGAAUAUCACUGGCGAUCGCUAAACACGUCGUGUACCUAGAAUGUUUGUUAUCGAUUAUACGUGGUAAAUUUUAUGUAAAACAGUUACACUGCGAUUAAGAUAAUCAUCUUAUCGAUAUUUAAAAAUUUAAUCGAUACUGUACCGAAUAUUCGCGGCUAGUCAUGUUUUGUCGAGAAAAAAGUUUUGUACAGUUGAAACCAAUGAUAUAAAUAAAUGUAACACAAAAUUAUAUAUUUAUCAUGUGUAUAAAAACUUGUAAAGUUCUGAUGAUUAUUCAUUCAUUAAAGUGCUUCUUAUGGGUGUAUCUAGAUUCUUAGGAGAUCGUUUUGAUAAUUCGAUAAUGUUUAUAGAAUUUAGAGAUUGUAUACAUAGAUGAAUAGGUUAGGAUUAGGCACUGUGCUACCGCAAUGCCAAUGGAAACAUUGUUGGUGCGCAAUAUUAAAGUUACAAAACGUAACUAAGAUCAUCCUGUACAUACGUUAUAUGAUGUAUCAUUGUAUUCUCAUUUCGUUUGUCAUUUCCCUAAUGUUUCAAUAACCGCGGGCCAAAUAACGAUCGUGUCGAUCCAAAUGUUCCUGCUGAUCCAGUUUGUUGAUUCAUAGAAACUUAAUUCAAUUUAGGUAUCGCUUUUUGAAUCUUCAUAUUCAUUUCGUAUUGAAUAGUCAUCACCGCUCAUUGUUGAAGAUUGAAUGUGUAAGGAAAUGUCAAUUCUAUAUGUAAUAACUUAGUGCCUAAGUACGUGCUGCGAACGGUGGCAAGACUAGUGUUUCUUUUGUACGGAUCUAAGAAUUAAUUGGACACCGUUGAAGCAGAUAUCGCAGUAGACGACACGUAAUUUCUUUUUUUAAACUUGGGAACGAAAAUGCUAUGAACAGGAUUUCUUCUCAAAUUGCUAGUGUCUAGGUUUUCAAGGCCAAAACUAUGGUUUCACACUAACCAAAACGAUGGGUAAAAAUUAGCUAAAUACUAGAGCACACUUUAUUGCAUUAAAAGUCAACUCCUUCAGCGUGGCGGAGCAUUCAGCAUUGCUUAUUUUUAUAAUUUGGCUAUAUUGGCUAGCCAAUAUUAAAAUAUUGUAUAUUUGAAUAUAACACUGGCAACACUGCAACAACCACAAAUUGCAAUGAAAAUGUGAUCUCUUUAGAAACAAGCACUACAUAUGAACAAUAAUAUAAUUCUCUACAUUUUACUCAAUACAAACAUUAACAUGUAAAGCUACAUGCAAUUCAUAGCAUUUUUUGUUGUCAACAAUUAACCUUAUUUUCAAACUGAUUAAUAUACAGUUCAAUAUUAUCAUCAUUUUCAUAUACCAAAGAAUUCAUUAUUUGUAAAUUAUUUAUUUUGUAGAAUUAAUGAAUUAAACAUUUAUUUUAAAAUAACUGAUUUAAAAUUAAUGUAACUGCCAUUUUUUCUUAAAAAUGUUAAGUAAACGCACAUUAGUCCUUCUAUAUAAAUUACUUAUAUUCCAUUCAAUACACCUAUGGUGUAUAAUAAUAGAAGCUUUGACGAAACAAAUUUAUUCUUUAGAAUCAUUUGGUGCAGCUUGAGAAUGAUAACCAAAUGUAUUUAACUUGUUAAUAUUUUAAUUAUAAUACCUUACGCCAUGAUAAGUGCACUGCCAUGAAGUUGUAAAAUACUAUGGAAAAUAAUUGUUGUUAUAUUUUGGUUAUCAUUAUCAGUGCCGAUAAAAAAAGAAAAAAAAAAAAGAAAAAAGAAAAUCGUAACAUGUAAUACGUAAGAGAGGCUAGUAUUUAUUGUAAAUAGCGAGUUCUGUAAUGAAAUUAGGUUUUUGUCGAAUAAAGAAAAAUAAUAUAAGUUUUAGAAGUAAGCGAGAAAUUUCAAUGAACAAGAGUUGUUAAUUAUUGUUUUUUGUACUACAAUAUAUAAAAAAAAAAAAACGAUAUUUACAUUAGCAAUUUUCAUGUUACUGAACCACAUUUUUGUACUCGAUUAUUAACUAUAAAUAAAUGAAAAGUUAAUCGUAAAAUAUUCUUAAAAACAUUUGUAACAUGCUUGAAGAAUUACGAUGGUUUUAAAAAUUCUAAUAAUUAAUUAAAAAAAUGCAUAAGUUAUGUAACGUAGAUUAUUAUAGAAUGCUUUAUUUUGAUUUCUUUUUUAUUCAUGAAACUCAAAGCCUUAGUGUUAGUAAUCGAAGACUUUUAUUGAAAAUAAUGUAAGUACCUAUAAAACUUAGCAGAGGAUUUAGCAAAAAUCCAAAUAGAUUAUACGAAUACGUACCUAAAUAUCACCUAAAAAUCCAUAAAUAUCAAGGAUAAAACUCUUUCUCUGAUUAAUUCUUCUGAUAAUAUAUAUUUAUCUAUCUUAAAACAAUCUGUGAACAAUCGUCAUAUUUUAUUGGCCAUACAAAAUAGGUAUGAAACUCGACCGUUCACUUUUUACUACCAUUUUUUUUAAUUUUCCUAUCCACCAAAUUAUUAUUCCAGUAUUUUACAGUGGAAUAAACAGGAAUAAAAUUGUGAAAACAGCACUUAUGUACGGAAAUUCAAAGAAACUACUUUUUAGAAUCUCAUUCAAAGUAAUAUAAAAUAAUUUUUUCAAGUAAAGAUUCAAAACCAUACUAAUAUUAUAUUGCUUGUAAGUUUAGACAAUCUCAGAAACAACAAUUUUUGUGCAAUGCUAACGUCAAAAAAUCAAAUAGAAUAAUAACAUUCUGUUCAUGAAAAUAUAUUUUAAAAAAAAACGGUACGUGUGCAACUUGGUGCACGUGAAUGAAGUGAAACUUCUUUUUCGAUGUGUAGUAUUGUGGCUUUCUUCAUUUUUCAUCCUUAAAUCAGAUUGCUCUUGUAAUAGGGAAUGCUGUGUAUAAGAGAUGCGCAUCUUCAACAUUUAUAUUAUAAUAGAUAUAUUUUAAAUUAUAGAUAGAAAAAUAAAUAUUUUUUUUUUCUUAAAUACUUCAUUAAAAUAUUGGACGCUACUAGUUGCUAAAGCUCGCGCUGGCCUGUAACGGGAUACCUAUGCGCAUGCGUUCGAGUGCCACGCAUUCACUCUCGCUCUGUCUCUUUCUGGUAGCGUCAAAACGUUUAACGCAACCUUUUUGGAAGUCGCAUUAGAAGUUUCACUUCACAAAUAUUUAAAUGCAUAAUUUUGGUAGAUGAGUUUAAGAAAAUAGGAGUUAACAAACUAUGGAAAGUGCCUAACUAAUUUACUUACCUGCACUUUUGUAGUCGACAUUGUAACCUACGUACCGGCCAUACACUCACUUCCAGAAGUAUAAUGUAUUAUUAUAGACGCUAGAUUAGUGAGUAUUGUCUCGAAAAGCUGUUUUAAGGGGACUGAGACUAUGCUAAAAUUUAUCUACACUUUACUCUCUGAAAAUGAGUUUCUAAUAGUGUGCCUUUAGUAUCACAUAGUUGCUGCUCUUUAGAAACUCGACUCUUCACGUACGAUUGCCGUUUUGGCAUUAUUUUCCAGUUUCAAGAAACAUAUUUUCCUAUGUAUAAACUGUUGACAAAGCUAUACAAAAACGGUCUUUUUUAUGUACCGUUAAUACGACAUUUUUUAAACGCUCCGUUAAAUCUUAGUUUUCUAUUGAAUGAAAUAUGUUUUGUUACUCAUAGUAGAGAGAAGUGUAAUAUGUAUUUCAUUCAGUAGGAAGUUUUUCUAUCCCCUUGUAAGGCGUAGGGUUAAGUAGGAAUUUUAUAAUGCAAAUGCAAUUCGCAGUGAUAGAACUGUUACACUAUAUUCGCUGCCCAUAUUUAUAGAGUGCAAUUUUUUUAUAUCUAGAGACGGAUAGAAUGAAAGUCAAUGAUGUAAAAAAAUGCAAAACUACAACGUUGUUUGUAUUUUUUUCCAUCAUUGCAUGAAAUGUUAUGAUCAUUUUCUCAUUAAAAUAUUAUUAACAUUAUUAUGCUAAAUAUUUUAGCAAAGGAUAAAAUGUAUUCCUUUUCUUUAGUAAAUAAAUAUUGAAAUUUG